AUGCGCCGUGCAUUGGGCGAUAAUUUGGCCAUAUUCCUCGCAAGCUUGACCACACCGACGGAGCGGCUGCUGGAGAAAUUCGAAGUCGAGGUUUGGAUUGCUCGCAAUCGUCUCUAUGAGCGAGCUCAAGACCGCGGCCAAGUCACCGACCUCCGCUUUGAGCGCGCGGGCGUCUUUGUGUUGACUUUGCAAGCUGCGGAUGAGGCUGUGGAGCGCAGUGCAGGACGUGAAGGCGAAGCUUCGACGGCUAGAACGCCGGUUCCGACGGGACAUCAGCCCCAGCAAUGUAUUCGCCCAGCCUGCGGGGUGAAUUACGGCCCGCCAGUGCCCGGUUCAUGCAAUACGCAGCGCCUCUAUGACAUUGAUGAAAGGCUGACCAAGAUAGCCGAAAAAGCUGAGAAGCUCUUCAAUAUGAUGCACGCGCAGGCAUGCCUCACCAGUCAAUUCGACGACAGAUUGAAGAAGAUUGGUGAAGCCGUCGUAUCCAUUGAGAACGCCCUUAGUGUCGUUAGCGCGACUGUUGCCGAUGAUCAUAACAUUCUGGCAGCAAUCCGUCUUACGAUCAAUGACACUCGUGACUCCUCGGCUGCAGUCAAUGACACAAACGACCUGCAAGUAAUCAAAAAUACGGCCAACAACAUUCAAAGUGCCGUGGAGGCAGUUGCCAAUACGGUCAAUAGAACCCAAGCUGUUGUGAUAGCAAACGGCGACACCGUGAUUAACCUACAGCUCGGAUUGGCAGAAGUUACUCGCACUAUCACCAACACUCAGAAUGUUGCCGAAGCGGUUGAUAGGAAAGUCAACCAGACACACGAUGCCACGACAGCAGUCGUCAACACAGCUGACAACAUUAUGAGUGAUCUAGCGGCAGUCCGACAAACAGUCGUCCGUACCCAAGAUACUGUUUCAGCAGCGGAUAAUACGAUUAAUCAAACUUUAGCUGCAGUAUCAGCGGUGAACAACACGCUCGAUCAGACACGAGCUGCAGUGACGGCGAACCACAGUCUAGCCAACAAUAUAUUGGAUGGAUUGGAGGCAGUCACCUGUGUUGCCAUCAGUACACAGGAAGCUGUUACAACGACGGAGAGCAUUGUUGAUCAGAUGCAGCAUACGCUGGUGACCGUUAGCGGCACAGUUACUGAUGCCAAGGAUGCAUUAGUUACAAUGGGAAACACUGUCGAUGAAACCCGCCAGAAUAUGACAGGCGUCAAUCAUACAUUGAACAAUGCUCAGAAUACCAUAAGUACGAUUGAGCAGGCAAUCGCUCGCAGCAAUGACCAUGCUUUGCGAAAUCAGGUUGGGACCAGCGAUGUGAAUCGGACCGUUCGAGAGCUUCUCCUGGAAGUUCGGGCAGGGUAA